AUGUUUUCCUCUGCUCUCCGUAGCAAAUUCAGAAUAGCCUACACAUAUCUCAAACACACUGUACCAUCUCUCUUUCUCUCUCUCAUGGUUAUAGAUAUUGUGUCUUUUGGAGGAACUGCAGUUUAUGGAUAUUACGAAAGUAAGUUUUUGGAUCGUAUAUCAGCUAUUUUUCCCAAGGUCCUACUAAAGGAAUCAAAGGUGUUAUGCAGAAGGCUGAGGAGAUAUUGGCUAAAAAACCAAAUGCAUACAUUCUUCAAUAGUUUGAGAAUCCUGCAAAUCCAAAGAUCCAUUAUGAAACAACUUGACCCAAAAUUUGGAAAGGUUCAGAUGGUAAAAGUGAUGCUUUUGUUUCUGAAAUUGGCACUGGAGGGUGUACUUAUGGCAUCUGAGACCGCUGUUGUUGUCACUUGCCAACAAGGUCGAGCAAAUCAACAUGAAGAUCUGAAUGAUGAUGAGCAAGGGGAAAAUAUUUAUCUGCAGAUACAUACGGUUGGAGUUGGGGCUGCUAUUGGUUAUGGAUGCCUGUUGCUUGCUGUAGGGAGUAAGGGGAAAAGAUUUAAGAUGUCAUAUGCAAAAGCUGUAUGA